CGCAGGGCGGGCGGAGCUGCAGCAGGCAGGCGGCGAAGGGGGCUGGCCAGGCUGCAGAGCGCCCUUGCGGCUUUUCCUGCUCGAAUCUCCGCGCUCCCUGCCCGGCUGCCUCCCCCGGCCCUGCCAUGCCGCUCUCCGGCCCCGGGCUGCUGCCCUGCCCGCCGCCCCUCACCCUGCGCCCCCUCUGAAAGCCAGCCAGGAUCGGUCCCCUCCCCCACCCCAGCCCGGGCUAACGACCGAGCCCCGGGGAGAGGAUGGUGCAGAAAUCCCGCAACGGAGGCGUGUACCCGGGUGCGACCGGAGAGAAGAAGCUGAAAGUGGGGUUCGUGGGGCUGGAUCCCGGCGCCCCGGAUUCCAACCGGGAUGGGGCGCUGCUGAUCGCCGGCUCGGAGAGCACCAAGCGGGGCAGCAUCCUGAGCAAGCCCCGCUCCGGGAUCUCCGGGACGGGGAAGCCCCCCAAGAGGAAUGCCUUUUACCGCAAGCUGCAGAAUUUCCUCUACAACGUGCUGGAGAGACCCCGCGGCUGGGCCUUCAUUUACCACGCCUACGUUUUUCUCCUAGUUUUCUCCUGCCUGGUACUAUCCGUCUUUUCAACCAUCGAUGAGUAUCAGAACAGCUCAGAAGGGGCCCUCUACAUCCUGGAAAUAGUCACCAUCGUGGUGUUUGGUGUGGAAUACUUCGUGAGAAUCUGGGCUGCCGGUUGCUGCUGUCGAUACCGGGGCUGGAGGGGAAGGUUAAAAUUUGCCCGCAAACCCUUCUGUGUCAUUGACAUCAUGGUGCUGAUUGCGUCCAUUGCCGUGCUGGCAGCAGGAUCCCAAGGGAAUGUCUUUGCCACCUCGGCUCUCAGGAGUUUGCGGUUCCUGCAGAUAUUGCGCAUGAUACGAAUGGACCGUAGAGGUGGUACCUGGAAGCUUCUGGGGUCUGUGGUCUAUGCCCAUAGCAAGGAGCUGAUUACUGCCUGGUAUAUUGGCUUUCUGUGCCUCAUUCUGGCCUCUUUCCUGGUGUACUUGGCCGAGAAAGGAGAAAAUGAGCACUUUGAUACAUACGCAGAUGCGCUCUGGUGGGGCCUGAUUACACUCACCACCAUCGGCUAUGGGGACAAGUAUCCACAGACAUGGAAUGGGCGUCUCCUGGCUGCAACUUUCACCCUCAUUGGGGUCUCCUUUUUCGCCCUCCCUGCUGGCAUUUUAGGUUCUGGCUUUGCCCUGAAGGUUCAAGAACAGCAUCGGCAAAAGCACUUUGAGAAGAGGCGAAACCCUGCAGCUGGCCUGAUUCAGGCUGCUUGGAGGUUCUAUGCCACCAACCUCUCUCGAACUGACCUGCACUCUACCUGGGAGUACUAUGAACGCACAGUCACCGUUCCCAUGUACAGCUCGCAAACGCAAACGUAUGGUGCCUCCAGACUCAUUCCGCCUCUGAACCAGCUGGAACUCCUCAGGAACCUGAAGAGCAAAUCGGGACUGACUUUCAGGAAAGAGCAGCAGCCUGAGCCAUCACCCAGUCAGAAGGUCAGCUUGAAAGACCGUGUCUUCUCCAGUCCCCGAGGUUCUGGAACUAAAGGGAAAAGCUCUCCACAGGCUCAGAGCCUCCGGAGAUCCCCCAGCGCUGAUCAGAGCAUUGAAGAUAGCCCGAGCAAGGUGCCCAAAAGCUGGAGCUUUGGAGACCGGAGCCGAGCCCGGCAGGCAUUCCGGAUCAAGGGAGCUGCGUCUCGACAGAACUCUGAAGAAGCAAGUCUCCCUGGAGAAGACAUUCCGGAUGAUAACAAAAGCUGCAACUGCGAGUUUGUGACGGAAGAUUUAACGCCAGGACUUAAAGUCAGCAUCAGGGCAGUGUGCAUCAUGAAAUUUCUUGUUUCCAAACGGAAGUUCAAGGAGAGCCUUCGGCCUUACGAUGUGAUGGAUGUCAUCGAGCAGUAUUCAGCCGGUCACUUGGAUAUGCUCUCCCGGAUUAAAAAUCUCCAGUCCAGGAUAGAUAUGAUUGUGGGUCCCCCGCCCCCUUCAACUCCCCGGCAUAAGAAGUAUUCAACCAAAGGACCCAUGCUCUCUUCCAAAGAGUCACCCCAAUACUCUCCUAGAGUUGACCAGAUUGUUGGACGAGGGACAUCAAUGACAGACAAGGAUCGAACCAAAGGGCCAGCAGAGGGGGAGCUUCCAGAAGACCCAAGCAUGAUGGGCAGGCUUGGAAAAGUUGAAAAGCAGGUUCUGUCCAUGGAGAAGAAGCUGGACUUUCUGGUGAACAUUUACAUGCAGAGGAUGGGUAUCCCAUCAACGGAAGCAGAAGCCUAUUUUGGGUCCAAAGAACCAGACCCGGCUCCACCCUACCACAGUCCAGAAGACAGCCGGGAGCACAUGGACAAAAAUGGCUGCAUCAUCAAGAUCGUCAGGUCUACCAGUUCAAUGGGACAAAAGAAUUUCUCUGCACCACCAGCCCCAACAAUGCCAACCAACACAUGUCCCCCUUCAACGUCCUGGCAGCACCAGCCAUACCAGCGGCAUAGCCAUGGAUCCUCCCCAGUUGGAGAUCCUGGCUCUUUGGUAAGAAUCCCGCCCCCACCUUCACAUGAGCGCUCCUUGUCCGCUUACAGUAGCGGGAAGAGGGCCAGUGCUGAGUGCCUGAGGAACGAAGACAUUACAGCUAAACACCAUGACAGCGCCUUGAGAGACAGUGACACGUCCAUUUCCAUUCCGUCAGUCGAUCACGAGGAACUGGAACGCUCCUUUAGUGGAUUUAGCAUUUCCCAGUCCAAAGACAAUUUGGACAUCCUUAACAACGGUUGCUAUGCAGCAGUGGCUCCCUGUGCCAAAAUCAGACCCUACAUUGCAGAAGGAGAGUCAGACACUGAUUCUGACCUCUGCACACCUUGUGGCCCACCUCCCAGGUCAGCCACAGGUGAAGGACCUUUCAGUGACAUGGGCUGGUCAGCCCCUAGACAGUGAAGCAUCUUGACAUCUAUUGAGCCAAGUCAGAGCACUGGCCAGCCACCCAUUCAUGCCAUCCCCAUGUAGAACUUCUUGAGGAGAUCUACAGCUAAGGUUUUAUGAAUCCAGAACAUACUUAGCUUGUGGAUAUUUUCUUACAGCUUACUCUGGGGACAGACGCUGAGCCAGCAUUCAGUAGAAAGAGGCCACUGUGGUGAAUAAUUCGGAGCCUUGAAGUGUCUCGAUUUCUUUCAUACUAUCUUUCUAAGAUAAUUAGGUGAAACGAUAUCACAGUACAGGGUAGGCAACCACAUUUAUUGGUAAUCCUUUAGGGUAAAGGGAACAAAUAUCACCUGCAAGGGUUUUUUUUUUGGGGGGGAAGGGGGUUAACUGGUGAUUGAACAUAUCUUUUACAUGGUAAUUACCAUACCAUGAUACUGGGUGAUUACACAGUCAAAUACUUUAGAAGUGCAACGCGAUUACAUGAUUAUUUCUGUCUUGUAAAACAUUCCAGGUUACACGAUGAUUACUUUUGAAUUUACGGAACGUGAUCCUCCAUUAACCAUUCGGGAACGUAGUGUGAUUACCGUAUAAUUCAUGGAAGCCCAGUUGGCUCUUGACAAAUUGGGAUGUUUACUUUCACGUUACAGUAUUGCCCUAAGAAAGACGUAUGCUGUCAGGAUGAGUCGAGGUAGAAUGUUAGCAGGCAUCAUUUGGAACCAGAAUGAUUUUCAAAUUAAAUUUGCUACGUGGCUUAGGUGGAGGAGGAAGUUCAAAGACACAAAAUCUGUCUUUGAAGGCAAAGAGGAACACCACAAAGGACAUGGGACAAGGCAUUUUACAUUUAAACCAUGUAUUAUAUUUAAUAGCGUACCCGCCAAAAUUUACAGAACGGGAAGCCAUAAUUCCACCUGCGGGGUUGUAGUAACUUGAAGUUGCUGUCGUAAUUUUUGAUAUUGCUAGCAGCACUGUGGUGAACUUACAGCCACAAGAGACACAGCUACGGGGAGAGGGACGUUCCUCAAGAUACUGUGACCCCUCUGAUGUUGCAAGGCAAGGAACGAGAGCACCAGCAGCGCCUGAGCCCUGUAACUCAAAAUAUUGCCCAUUUCGUACACCGUUCGCAUUAUGCCUGGAUGCUUUUGCGGCAAAGUUCCUUCCUCCUUUCCUCCACUACCCGAUCCUGGAUCACAAAGCUGUCCUUCGGACUUCUCCAUUGUUUUGUUUAGAUCCUUCAUGCUGAGUCACGAGGUGCUUCCUUGUUUCCUCCUGAUUUCUUUUAUACACCUGUGACCUGUAUUUAUCCACAAGGGCUGGCAGUGGAAGUCUUUCUAUUUUUUCUCUUUUGCUCCCUCUUGAAAAGCCAGGUAAAGAUCAUGUCACUGUUAUUGGCGCAUGAAGCUGGGGGAAAACUGAUGAUGCAGGAGGUUUCUUUCAGGACCAAAACAAAGUCACAAAGUGAUCCUUUACUGUCCCAGAGCGGCAGGGGUCACUCAAGGGGAUGGGUCAUAGGAAUCUGGAUCAACAGUCAGGGCUGCUACACAGGAGCCAUCGCCAUGCCCACUGAAUCCACCCAUUUAACUGGAGCCCUACACACCUUGUGUGUUUUCUGAAAGGGAUAAACUGCAGUUGUGUCAGGACUGUGUCAGCUAUUUGUGUCCGUCUCUCCUCCCCCGCCCCCUCGCCAAUGUCAGUGGCCAGUUUUCAUGAUAUUUCAAAUAUACGACAUGCCCCCAUGUCCCUUAGGCCUUGCUGCACCUAAUACAGGUGUGAUCCCUCCAUUUUGAAAGGUUGACCUGCUGGUGGUGAGAGGAGAAACCUGGUGUAUUCGUUCCUUCUGGUCAUUAGGAGAAGCAGCCUGGGAAGCUAAGGAGGAAAAAGACAAAUUUAGGCAUAACACACUGCAAUUCAGUGGUAUCGGGGGGUGCACACAAUCUGGCAGCCAUAAAACACCACCUAGAGGGACACGUACAGCUCUGGUCCCGGAACUCAAUGUGAUUCCAUGAGAUUCUCUAGAACAUGAAGUCUUCAAAACGAGAUUUGAGGACUUCAGUAACUCAGUGAGAGGUUACCUAUUGCAGGAGUGGGUGGGGGAGGUUUUAUGGCCUGCAGGGAGAAGGAGGUCAGACAAGAUGAUCACGAUGGUCUUUUCUGGCCUUAAAGUCUAUGAGUCUGUGAGAUUCACCCACCAGGGCAGGAAAUCCGCUGCUGAACAGGUGGGUCUUUUUGGUUUCUGGAGGGAAAAUAAAACAAUUCUUUUAUACAUCUAGUCAGGGCCAACAUGCAGCACUUGCCUGGGAGUGGUGGGGGGAAAUGAUAUAUAAUCUUCAAAUCCAGUUAGCCUCAAUAUAUGAGUGAAAGGGAGAUAACCUACUCUUUUUAGGGGGGUCCUGUGCAUCUGUGUCUCCAAGGAUAGAGAGGAGAGACCUUUGCACGUCCAGAGCUUCCUCCCCAUUCCUGCCAUAUUCUGCAAUUCUUUCUUCCCCACUCAAGCUGCCUGGAGCCUUCUUUUGGCUCUAGAAUUCCUAAUCUGGAGUAGCUCCUGUGAUGUAUCUAACUAAAAGUAAUUAGUGUAUGAUACACCUAACCUCAAUAAGAGUGUUUGCUUUGAAUUUGGAACUAUCAUACAUUAAAGUCCAUAUUUAUAAAGGGCAGCUUAUUCCCACACUCUCUCUAAACUCACCUGGCCUGACUUUCAUAAGAUGUGGCCCACAGGCUACAUUUACAUGGAAAAUUGCUGCACAUGAAUGUGUAAGUCUGACUUUUGCCCAUGCAGCUGUAUUUAAGCAUGUACAAAAAAAGGGUAUAUAGGUGGGCACAAAAAUGCUGGCAAACUCCAAUGGGGCCCACAAAGAUGCAUCUUCUAAUGGGCCACUAAAAAUGCACCCAUGAUAUUUGCAGGUAAUUCCAUUUACUUAUGCAAAAAUCUGCAUUUGCAUAGCUGACUGCUCAGCUGUAAACAAUUACCCAAUUCGAGGAACACGUGUGCUUUUGCACAUGCAAGUAAACCUAGGGUACGUCUACACAGCAAAGAAAAACUCACGGCUGGGUUUCAGUGGGUUUCCUCUAGAUUUGCACUGGUGUAACUCAGAACAGAAUUUGGACCUAAUGGAUGGUUUUGUUGCUCAUCCACCUACAUAGUUUUUCUCAUUGCAAAUUCCAGUCUAAUCCUCCCCAUGACUCCUCACGCGAUCUUUCUGUCUCCAUUCCUUCCCCCACUCCCAUUGCAUAUGCAGUUGCUGGAGAGCCAGUAAUGCAACGUUUUCUGAGUUUCUCAGUUUGAUGGUUGAGAAACAUUAAUUUUCUGGAGAGAAGGUUUGAUUUUUGGCUCAUAAAUUUCCUCCAGUAAGGAUGGUUAAUGAGAAAUGCAAAGGAAACUUUCUCCCCUCUGCCUCACUGCUGCUUAGCCUGUCUGUAGCAUCUGUUGCACCUCUGUGUUUCUAGCUAUAUAAUCUGUACACUCAAACACAUAAACUAGUUUUAGGAGCUGCUAAGUUGUGACACAAGCCCAAGAAAAGCUAGGAAAUUCAAAGUGAAUGACACUGUUCCAGACAAGCUGUGAGCCAAAUUUUCAGUGGGCCUUCUUACCUGCACCUUUGGUAUUUGUAACUGUGUCUGUUUGGACAUACAGAAGCUGUGUUUGUGUCCACAUGUGUGCAGAAGAAGAAGUGUCCUUAAAACAAAACCCAGGAUCUAAACCCCAGGAAACUUUGAAAGGUUUCAAAAUCUGGUCCCAGAUCUUGCUUUGAAUGUUGCAAAUGGCCCCCCAUCUUUGUAAUGUGCCAGCUCAAAAACUGGGUAUGAAACCGUACUGAAUUUGGGGAUGUUCAAAGUCCAAGUUAGAAUGCAAAUUUCGCAGUUUGUGCACAUCUCACAAAGAACUGAGGUUGCAGACAAAACAAGCUCGGUCCAGAGAAGGCCUUUGGAGACUAUGGCCCUGAGUCAUAAGAGCAGAGCACCAGCCCCAGCUUGAAUUUCCCAACGUUUGGGAAAGAACUUUAAUGUUAUUUAAAUGUAGAUUUUGUAUGUGAAUUUCCUUGCUGACUCAUUUUCUUAACAUUAAUUUCUAAGCAAACAAAAAAUAUAAAAGAAAUUAAUGAAAAACAUAUUGUUUGACCCAGAGAGCCAUUGCAUGUCCUUAGGCAAACCACGUAAUGAAUCAGGUAUGUAAAAAAAUAUUUUUAAAGCAGCUUCAGGGAUUCAGGUAUCUUCAGUAGAGUCAUUUCUAUUUGCAGGGUAAUCAGGCAUAAUUGGAACAAAUGGGGAAAUCUAAAGUCAGGGCUGAAACAUCAGUUUUACACCCUGCUGGAAUGACUCGGUAGCAGCUUUGGUCUUGUCUACAGCAAGAAUUUGCCCUGAUUUUAGCCAUGCUUCAAACAAUGGGAAGCCGUGCCAGUGCAAGUCAUGGCUCUUCAUGUCUACACUUCAGGUUCAGUGGCUGGGAUCAGGGUAAAUUCCCAAUGCAGUCAAGACCGGUGAGCCAUAGUCUGCCCUGAGAUGUAUACCAAGAAAAGGCAGUGACAAAUAAACACACGCUUCGAAGAUAGAAUUUGGCCCUACGAUUUUGAAUGACUUGGCUUUCAGUUUGAUCAGAAACCUAAUGUCAUUUAAACAAAGCUUUUAACUUCAGCAUGUUGUUUUGUUUAGUUAGAAUUUUGUUGGGAAAAGAUCAACAAAAUUUCUUAAGAGUCAUAAUACUUAAAUUAUUUAAAUAUGCUAAUUGAAAUGUAAGAAGUAUAAUAUUUAUCCAAGAGAGAAGAAAGUUGCUCCACAUCUUUCUUACAUCCCUGAAUGAAGAUUUUUGAAUUAUUUGUGGUGUUUACACUCCCUGAUCCCUGUAUUUUCAGCUGUCCAACCAACAUUAGUGAUCUUCCUGAACCAAGCAGAGAUGGUGCUGUUCAGAAUGUCAGCUGUUCCCAACACCCCACAAAGAAGUUGAGUGCCCUACCCUGCAGAGAUACUACCCAAUCUCUGCUGUCCCAGAUAAGACCAUCAUAAAGGACUGGAAGGGAUCUCCAGGGUAAUGAAGUCCAGUCCCCAUCACUGCAGACAACCACAUAAUAUAAUCGCUUUCAUAAACAUAUCAAGCUCCAGCUUAGAACCAGUUAGGCUUCUUGCCCCCACUACUUCCUGGUGAUCACAGACAAGAUCUAGGAGUCAAAGCAGGUCGUCAAUUGGAGCUCCAGAGAUCUAUUCUAUGAAAGUGCAAGUGGUGAGGUGGGGAUCCCUAUCUCAGAGAGUUUGUCCCUCUCUGUGAUGCCAGGUUUCAGAGUUGUAGCCGUGUUAGUCUGUAUCAGCAAAAACAACACGGAGUCCUUGUGGCACCUGAGAGACUAACAAAUUUAUUUGGGCAUAAACUUUCAUGGGCUAGAACUCAC